UGUUCCGAAAAAAACCUUCAUAAGGUGAAGAAAGGAAGAAGGCUUUUAAUUGAAAUCAAACAUCUGUGAACUCACAGUUUGCACCGGUGGAUAUAAACAAUGGCGGACGAGAUCGAAGGACUGAAGGCUAAGAUUAAAGACCUCGAGACAGCGCUAGAAACAGAACGAAAACGAAAGGGGCCGAUGAGGGAAAAAAUUCAGGAGAUGAGUUCGGAGGUUGUAGAUAGCAAUCCAUAUAGUCGUUUGAUGGCACUGAAGAGAAUGGGAAUAGUCGACAACUAUCAGAGAAUUCGUGACUACACAGUGGUGAUUGUGGGUGUAGGUGGAGUUGGUAGUGUUACAGCAGAAAUGUUGACAAGAUGCGGCAUAGGAAAGCUGUUACUUUUUGAUUAUGAUAAAGUGGAACUUGCAAACAUGAACAGGUUGUUCUUUCGUCCUGAUCAAUCUGGUAUGAGUAAAGUAGAAGCUGCAGUAAACACAUUACGAGAUAUUAAUCCUGAUGUAGAAUUUGAAGCUUAUAACUACGACAUUACAUUACUGGAAAAUUUUAAGCACUUCUUAUGUAGAAUAAGCCAUGGUGGAAAAGAUGAAAAAACAGUUGACCUGGUAUUAAGUUGUGUGGAUAACUUUGAAGCAAGAAUGGCAAUAAAUACAGCAUGUAAUGAGUUGAAUCAACCUUGGAUAGAAUCUGGUGUAAGUGAGAAUGCAGUGUCUGGUCAUAUUCAGUUUGUCAUUCCAGGAAAAACGGCCUGUUUUGCGUGUGCCCCACCUUUGGUUGUGGCUUCCAAUAUUGACGAGAGAACACUCAAGAGAGAAGGUGUGUGUGCAGCAUCUCUUCCCACAACAAUGGGAAUUGUGGCAGGAUUUCUUGUUCAAAAUACUCUGAAGUGAGUUGAUAAAGGGUUUCUUGUUACUGUACUUUAUCCUUAAAUGUGUUGGUAAUGCUGAAGCCUUAUACAGUGGAAUUCCAAUUU